CCGUGUUUUGUUUUGCUUGCACGUUUGGCCUAGCUUGACUCCGGCCAUUGGUUUAAUCAGGUUAUGUUUGAUUGGCUGUCUUCUUGAGUUGAACCUCGUGGGCGGGAUCUUUACAGAAGAGUCGCGGUAUGAUUGCCUGAACAAAUUUUGACAGGCUCCCUGUAGAACGGCUGACACCGGUACACUGCAGAGCCAGGCACCAUGACUGCAGCUGCUCUAAAGAUUGGAGAUCAGUUGAUCCUUGAGGAGGAAUAUGAUGAUAACUAUAUCCCUUCUGACCAAGAGAUUGAGGAGUAUGCACGAGAAAUUGGAAUUGAUCCAGCUAAGGAGCCAGAGUUGCUUUGGUUGGCUAGAGAAGGGAUUGUUGCCCCUUUGCCUCCGGAGUGGAAACCAUGUCAGGAUGUAACUGGAGAUGUAUACUACUUUAAUUUCUCCUCGGGGCAGUCUACCUGGGAUCACCCAUGUGAUGAACAGUACCGCCAAUUAGUGGUGCAGGAGCGGGAGCGUGCCCAACCUCGCCCAUCCAAGACAGUCGCGUCUGGUGGGAAAAAAGAGAAGAAGAAGAAAGACAAGAAGGAAAAGAAAGGGAAAAAGAAAGAGCAGGAACUCAAGCCUCCAGCAGUUAAUAUGGGUGUCAUGCCUCUCAACCCUGGCUUUGGGUCCUUGCCUGCGCCUCUGAGUUCCCUGGCUCCUCUGCGGGGUUUUGGAGCUGAAACGUCCAUUCCGCCUCUUCGUGGGUCCCUCCUCUGUUCCGACGGCCUGGAACCCCUUAAGAGUUCUCUUGCGGGCCCUUUGUCCAGUUUAGGGUCUAGUAUUUUGGAAACGAAGCACCAGGAGCAGAUGUCCCUCACUGGCCUUGGCCUCGAGGAGGAAGAGAAGGCCUCGGACAGGGAGAGCCCUUGUGGUCAAGCUCAGCUGAUGCGCAAUCUACACCUUGACUUGGAUGCAUUGGGAAAAAGCUUUCAGUACGAGGACAGCGAGGCAAGUAUUAGUGCUCCUCCUGAAGAGUUGACUGAGCCAGAACUACAGGAUCUAGUAAGGGACCGCAGCCCAGAACCUGGCUCUCAGGACCUCACGAGCGGCCAACAUCCUAACACACCUCCACACAGAAGCAGCAGGGCUUACAGCAGGAAUGAUAAUGGAGAGGGUGAAGAGAAAGUUGAAGAUGAGGAGAAGGAGGAGAUCCCAGAGGAAGAGGAGGCUUAUGAAGAGCUUAUGAGAAACGAGGAAGAGGAGGAGUGUGAGGGAGAUGAACAGGAAGCUCAGAUGGAUUUUGGGAAAAACUGUGAUUAUAAGGAAGAAGAGAAUGAUCGUAACAUUUUGGGGAGAGCUGAGGAAAGCGUAGAAGAACCUAAAGGAGUUGAGGAAGAGAGUGAUGAAGUAGUGGCCAUAUACUCCAGAGGGAAACAUGACAGCAGUAAAGACCUUGAGAGAUAUUUUCUAAGUGUAGAAGUUGAGAGCAAAAGAGAGGAAGAGGAAUUAGACAGUGAUGUCUUAGAGAGAUGUAUAACCAGUGAAGGGGAGAGGGCUGCUGUUUUGGCAGAGAAGGAUGAGCGAAAACGGCAAGCUAGUGACACAGAGCAAGCGAACGGAAACGGCAGCGGACAAAGUGAAGAGGUUUUGGAGGUAUUUGAAGGAAAUGAAGAAGAGGGUGUUAAAAAUGAUGACCAUGUUGGCCGUAGCGUAAGUGAGAGUGCAGUAGAAGACGCUGAAGAGGAGACUGAUGUAGUUGAGAGAAUGCACAAUAGUGAAACACCGAAAGCAACAGAGGACAGUGAGAGUAAUCAGAGUUUGGCGGCUCGUUCACAAGGUGAAGAGGGCACGAGGGACAGCCCUAAAGUGUUGUUGGAAACAACAGAAAAGCAGGGCACUGAGUUAUAUGAACAGGUGGAUUCAGGUGGGUAUGACGAGGAUGCUUUUGAGACAGAUCUAAAGCCUGACAUUGGUAGUGUGAAUGGUGAGGAAGACGACAGUGACAUUCUGGAGAGAUAUGUUAUGAGUGAGAGAAAUAAUUCCAGAGGAGGAAGAAGUGGCGAGGAAAGUGAUAUUUUAGAGAGGUGUGUUUCAGAGAACAUCUCAGAAAAAGGUGAAAGUGAGGAGGUUGUUGAAAGAUUUUUGAAAAGCAAAGACGAAAAGGUGUUAGAAAGUGAUGAUGGUGUUGAUGAUGAUGAUGAUGACGUCCUGGAGAUAUCCGUAAAGGAGGUAGUGGAGGAGGAGGAGGAGGAGGAGGAGGAGGAGGACGACGAAUCAGAAGGGGAUAGUGAGAAAAAAGAAGUCAUAGAAAAAUGUGUAGAGAAAGAGAAAAUGAGCUCCAGUGAGAAGGAAUUAAGUGGGAAAGAGGGAGUGGUUGAAAUGGAUAAAUCUGUACAAAUCUCAGAGGAGGCUGAAGAGGUUGAGCAGGAAGAAGAAAGUGAGAUUGUGGAAGUACAACAGGACAGUAUAAAAGAGGAGGAAGAAGAAAAUGACAGUGUUGGAGAAGAUGGUGUACAAAGCCAAGAGGAUGAAUUAGUGAAGGAUACGGAACAGGGCAUUUCACCAGACGAGCAGUAUGUUGAAACGGAACCCAGGGAGUCAGAUAGUGAUGAGGACGUAUUGGAGGUUUGUGUGAAAAGAGAACAUCAACAAGGUGGUGAUUGUAGUGAAAAGGAGGGCAAUGAGAAACUCACUCCACAAGCAAAAGGGAUAGCUAGCCAAGGCAAAGAAAGUCUCCUUAAAGAAAGUGAGAGGCCCGUCAGCACCAGAGCCCUAGGGAAGGCUAAGACAACGCCCAAAGGCCCUGCACUUACAUCCAGUGAUGAAGACUCAGAGAAAGGCCAAGCAUCUGUGAGCCAAGAAGAGGCUGUUGAGGUCCUGCAUAGGAAACAGAGAACAAGAUCAGUGAUUGGAGGUGGACAGAAAGAAAUCCCGUUCAUGUCGCUUCCGAGGAUGGAACGCAUGGGGAAAUUGCUUAUGGUGCAUCGAACAAUUUUGCCUGGUGAGGACACAGCAGCCAGUGACCACAAAUUGGAGGCCUUAUCACCUACUGAUGAUGUCAAGAGAGAAGCACAUGAGGAGGAGGACCGCAGCAAAAUCAAAGUGAGGGAACAAGGACCACAGCCGAGGCAAAGGACAAACUUUACAGAGAGGUAUCUGCUUGGUUUGGAUGGAGACAGCUUCCUGGCGGAGCAGAGGCUGCAGUUGUGUGCCAGUUCUCCAGAUGCCUCCCUGUCCUCGUCCACUCACAUAAAGCACGGCCCCCUGGGAGAGGGCCGGAGCUCUGGGUUGAGAAAGCUGGGUGCCUUACCAGAGGUGGCCAGAAGGGGAUUGGUGCGGACCUCCCAUGCUUCACCAGAGGAGGAUGAAAAUGAGGAGGAGAAUAAAUCAGACUUGCAGAAGAGAAGAAUGGGCGGAGAAAUAAUGAGCAGAACGGGGGAGAGACAAAAAUCAGAGGAGGAAGAAGAAAAAAGUAAAAAACAAAAGGAUAUGGAGGAGUUGGCGGUUGAGGAGGAGGAGGUGGAAGUGGAAGAGGAGGAGGAGGAGGAGGAGGAGGAGGUGGUGGAAGAGGAAGGGGAGGAGGUGGCACAAAAGAUUUGGGAGAAAAACUGUGAGGAGAGAAAGGAGAUGGAGAAGGUAGGGGGUGAUAAACUUAGAGAUGAAAGGAAGUUGAAAAAGAUGGACGAUGAUCUAAUGAAACAGAAAACAGACAUUGUAAAAGAAAGAGAUGAGUUAAAAAGAAAAGAGUUGAAUAGUCAGCUGGAGGAGAAAAGCACUCGAACAGAGGAACAAACAAGACCGAGGGUUGAAAGGGCCACACAUGUAGAGGAGGUCACAGACAGAAUGCCAUGGGGUUUCCACGACAAGCAGAAGCCGACGUUCCUCCUCAAAGAGGAAGCAAGGCGAGCCAAUGAAGAAGAGGAAGAACGUCGAAUGAGAGAAGAGAAUGAGGCAAAACUCAGAGCCCUAACGCUGCAACUGGACACCAGCAGGAGAGAGGAGGAGACCAGGCUGAGGGCUGAGUCGGCCCAGCAGCUCCAGCAGUUCAGGGAGAGCAGCCAGAGGGAGCGGGAGGUCCAGCAGCGUCUGCUCAUAGAGGAGAAUGAGACCAAGCUCAGAGAGCUGCAGACGGCACUGGAGGAGGAGAGGAGAGCGGAGCGAGAGAGGCUGGAGGCCCAGAAGAGGCGCGAGCUCCAGCGGCUGAGGGAGGAGUCAGAGCUGGAGCUGAUGCAAGAGAAGAGGCAGCUGCAGAAGAAGAGAGAGGAGACUCUAGCCUCAUUGGAACUGGAGGCCAAGACCAAUGAGACGUUGAGAGAGGUACCGGGAGGCUCAAAGCAACAGUUGGCAGAGUAUCGGACUGAUCUUGGAGACGUGCUCCUGGAGAUCCGGGAGGAACUUCAGCGGGAUCACAACCGGAAGGUGGAGCAGUUCAAAGAGGGGCAGCGGCAGAAGCUGGAGGCCCUCAGGCUGGACCACGUGGAGCAGGAGAGCAUUCAGAGAGAGCAUUUGCGGACUGCCCUGCAGGAGGACAGGGAGCGUGUUUUGUCCUCACACAACCUGCAACUGGAGCAGCUCAAAACCCAGCUGGAAAAGCAGGUCCAGAGGACACGUCUAGCGUAUUCCAAGAAGGAGGAAGAGAUUAAGGAACAGGAGCUACAACUGGAGAUACGCUCCAAAGACCUAAAGACCCAGGAAGCCAUGCUCUUCAGCCAGACAUCAGAGAUCCAAAAGAGAAGAUGCCAGCUAGGACUGAAGGAAAAUGAGAUUGAUGGACUUUAUGAGGAUCUUGAAAGACUGAAAAUUGAGAGGGACAGAGCCAAAGAGGAGGCCCAAUUAGAGAAGAGGGAGAAGGAGCGACUGAAGGGAGAGAACCAUGAGAUGAAGGCGGAGCGGGAGAAGCUGGAGAGGAAGUUGGAGCUGCUGCAGGAGCGCUGCGACCAGCUGAGCGGUCGUGUCAGUGACCUGGAGCAGACAGAGAAAAGAGGCUUCUCGUCCAAGUCAGGACGACGGCAAACGAAGGUCAGCACCAGGGAUAAAGAAAUGAGAAAGAAGGACCGAGAGUCAUCCUCACUUCCCAGUGAUGAGCCGUCAUUACAUGUGGAGGAUCUGGACCCCCCGAAUGCAUCCUCCACUCCUCCACCCUCCAAAAACAGCGAGAAUAUGGAGGGUCUGAGGUGCUACAUAUCCUCGGAGGGCAUGUCGCUGCAGAGGGCCCGGAACUUCCUGGAGCAGCAGAGUGGCAGCUUGAGUGAGAGGCAGGCGGUGCUGCUGGCCGCCCGGUCUAGCUGCUUUCAAGGCUCCGUCAGAGAGGGUGUCAACCAGGAGCUGCUGAAGAACCUCCAGCAGGAGGCAAACCAUCUGGAGCAGCUUAGGGCUACUGUGCAGAAGGGACAGAACCUUCUAGAGAAGAAGGCGGAGAGACUCACCCACUUGGAGAGUUCAUUGGGGGAGGAGCUUUCAUACAAUGACUCGUAUAGACAUGACGUGGACAGGAAAGUCACAUUUUUUGUCACAGAAUCAGACAUGAGCAGUGUGGACGGCCAUGAAGGGACAGACGCUCAUCCAACUGUUCCAGCCAAAGUGCAGCAGUUAGCCGACUCGCUGCAGCACAUCUCUGAACAGCUGAACACCGUCCUGGAGGCUCUGGGUUCUCUGGCCCAAAAGAAGGCUCCGCUCUUGCAGAACGUUCAGGCCCCAUACCAUCCCCAGUCAGUGCCCUUAUCUCAGGAACAUGCCCUUUUCUCUGGCCUGCUCCCAGUGCACAGGUGGCCCUGGUCCUCGGCCAGGAUGGGCACCAGCAACUUAGCCAGGACUCGCAACAGCUUCAUUUUCCAGAAGGAACAUGAGGAUUCUGUGGCGUCCAACAAGUUACCUUCUGGGCUUCCUAUGACUAUCCGUGGAAAUCAUUCACCGAUAGGCAAUUACAACCUCUCAGGAUUUGCUUCAGCCAGUGAGCAGGUACACAGUAUGUUGUCCACAAAGUCCCCAGAGAUGGAUGACCAGCAGCUGCAGAGCCUGAUUGAGUGCAACAAGAGAUGGCUUGAAACACGCAGGAAAGAUCCUGGCAUCAGACCCUUGUUUACCCGCUAUCGCCCUCCAUCCUCCCUCGGUGGUCUACUCCAACUGGGCCUGGAUGAAAGUAAUCAGAUAAAGGUCUACCACUACUGAGGAGGCACUUGGGGAACUGCACUCUUCUGAUAUCAUGUGUGUGAAUGUAGAAGAGACUGUGUGGGAGAAAAUCACAGGUUCAGUUCCAGUUGUUUCGAAAUUUGCUUUCUGUGGUUAGGGACUUAAUCAUGCACAGCAUUCGUACAUUUUGCAGCCUGCAGUCACCAAAACAAGUCCCAUUCUAUAAUUAUUCCUGUAAUUGUAGUGGGCCAACAACAUUUGAACGGGUCCUUGAGACAUAUCAAUGUAGGUUUAAAUCUGCGUAGGGUUACUAUGUCAGAAGUCAGUCCUGUCUGGUUUCUACAGUAAUUACCGAGACAUUUUCCGAAGCACCCUGCAAGGCCUUACAAGAAGCAACACCUCCUGAAUUUCUGUCUUGGCUAUGUGCUCUCCAUAUAGAAGCCAUGUAUGUUUGUAAAGCAGUUUUGUAAAAUACAUGAAUAAAGUGUAUAUUUGUAGCA